AUUACACUUUCUUUUGAAUCACCUCUUCAGCCAUGAAAGUCUUCCUUCUUCUUGCCUUUGUCGCCUGUGCCAGCGCUCAAUGGGCACCCAACUGCGGAAGAAGUCAGUACCCUGAUCCUGCUCCCGAACAGAAAACAGAUGAAUUCGGAAGAGUUGUUGGUGGCUGGGAAUCCAGACCAAAUGAAUUUCCUUAUCAAUUGAGUUUGAGAAGAUUUGGAAGUCACACUUGCGGAGCUGUCAUCAUCAACAGCCAAUGGGCUCUUUCUGCCGCUCAUUGUACUUCCUCUGGAUCUGCAAGUGGUUUGGCCGUUGUUGCUGGAGCUCAUCGUAGAAGCAGCCCAGCUGCUGCUGAACAAACUUCAAACCUUUUGAGUAUUGGAAACCCCAUUGACCUUCAACGCUCAAGUCACUGGUGCCUGUGCCCAAGAGAUGUCACCUAUGAUGAUGAUACCGUUACCAUUUCUGGAUGGGGAUCUACCUUCUCUGGUGGUUUCGUUACCGAUGAAUUGAGAUACACCAAUGUUCAAGUAUGGAGCAAUGAUGAAUGUUCUGGCCCAUACCCAGGAAGCAUCGAUGAUAGCAUGAUCUGUGCUGCUGCCCCAGGCAGAGAUACCUGUCAAGGAGAUUCUGGUGGCCCAAUGGCUUACAACAACAACGGUCAAUUCGAAGUUGUCGGUUUGACUUCAUGGGGAAGAGGAUGUGCUCUCGCCACCCAUCCAGGAGUUUACGCCAGAGUCAGUGCCAACCUCCAAUGGAUCGCUGAUAACACCCAAUAAACUAUUUUAAAUAAAGUGCCCAAUUCAUGAUAAUACUUGUUUCAAUAAACAAUUGCUAUAAAAAUAGAACAAAUAACCUCUUAAUUUUUAAUUUAUGAAAGAAUUAACUUGCAGUAGAGAGAUAAGGUGAAACAAAUAGAAGUGAACUUUUAAUCAUACUGUCUACUAAUUGACAUAUUUUAAUCGAAAGAAGGGUCAUACUGCUAGUAACAGAUUUUUUUAAAUUGAACUCUUUUGUGUGUUUAGAUUCUAUUUAUUAUAGCAACUACACAUGUAUGCUGCAA